UGAAACUGACAUUUGGUUUUUGGGACUGUUUUGACGUUUGGCGAUUUGAAGUUUUGGAGCUGAAAAAGUCCAACUGAUAAUUAAUUAUUUGUGCCUCAAGCCUGUUGAACCCCAUUUUAAGUGUGGGAUAACCAAGCAAGCUUCAAUAUUUCAGGCCAUGAGUAUCCCAGAAAACAGACCAGAUUGUUCGUACCAAUGCAGAUCUAAGCAACAUGGAGAUAUAAUCACAGCUGCGAUAUCGAAACGGAGCGUAUCAAACACUGACCUGUGCUCGUUUCUGAAUUUUAUUUGCUGCAGAUGCGAAUCUGUGGUAGAUUCGGCAGGAAGGACAGCCCUACACGUCGCAGCUUCGUGCGGAAGGGUAGAGCUUGUCAGGUGGUUAGUUACUAGUCGACACGCAGAUAUCAAUGCGAAAGAUAGAGAAUCUGGGUACACUGCCCUGCACAGGAGUGUUUUUUAUGGCAAAAUCCAUGUGGCAGUUGAACUGGUGAAGUUAGGAGCUUCAACUGCAGAGCUGGAUUCAGACAGCCUCACUGCCUUAGAACAUUCAAUGAAAGAUGGUUUGAAACCUGAGCUGUCACGGGAAGGGGAACUUUAUUCUUGGGGUUCGAAUACUAACAACUUACUGGGACCACAACAAGCGAAACAAACCCCUGAACUAUUGGAUAUUUUUCACAAGGAAUAUCCUGGGGAAUAUGUUCAAAGCAUUUGUAUCUCUCAGUUUCAUACUGUUAUCAUCACUAGUUCAGGUAAAGCCUUAUCCUGCGGACAUGGUCAAGGUGGACGAUUGGGACUUGGAGACGAGAAAGCUGUGGUAUCUCCACAUACCAUUAGUUUCAGUAGGAGCCAGAAGGGAGAUACUGUGACUUGCCUUCAAGCCAGUAUUGCCAGAGACCACAGUAUUUUCUUGUGCUCUGAUGACAAUAUAUAUACCUGCGGCCUGAACACCUACAAUGUCCUCGGUCAGUCGCCUCCUCCUGAGAGGGCUCUCUUCCCGAAACCGAUUAAGCACAUUUCCAAACAAAUACAAGGCGUUUGUGCCGCUCGAUACCACUCCGUAGCCUGGGGUCCAGAUGGUCUCUACACGUGGGGCCUGAAUGCGGGUCAAUUGGGUCACACACUCAACGCCAAAAGCAGAGACCGUUUUGUCGUCUCGCCUAGGAUAGUAAGCGUCACGAACGACUUCGGUAUAAAGAUGGUGGAGGCUAGUACCGGGGCCACGGCGGUUUGCACGCAGAAGGGGGACAUUUAUGUUUUACAUGAGUACCUAUGUAGGAAGGUUGCUUCGAGACAACUGAACGUAGUGCAAAUAAGCAUCGUCGGAGGUAAACUCGACUCCACCCAGUUAGACAGUGAGCUCUCCAAAGAACACAGCAAGGAACUUAAAGUGGGAGUUCUCACCAACACUGGCAACAUACUGUUGUGGCAAGAAUCGGACCAACAACUCUGUAGGUGCAUCUACAACAUCAACAGAGCCAUCGUAGUUAAACAGAUUUCGUUGAACCUCAACGAACUGUUGUUUGUGUCAGAUUUCGGAGAAGCCUUCAAAGGAAUCGUUCGGGCUAGGCGGAAGAAUACUACGAGCUCAUCGUCUAAAAACAGUCAGGACAAGAGUGCAUUUCACAAGUUUUUGGACAGAGACGAGUGCGUGAAGGUUUCGUUGGAGAAAGUAGCCAAGAUUCACAGGGCGGUUGCCAUUCAAAGUGAUCUUAAAGGAAAAGAUUAUUGCGUGAUACAGGCCCUUCCGUACAGAAGCAUCUCAUUUCCGGAAAUCGCGCGUUCGCAUAUGAAAUCUGACCUAGAAGCGCUCAUCGCGGAUGUCGACGAAACUGACAACAUUCACGACGUCGUUUUCAAGGUCGACAACUGCUAUUUCCCAGCUCACAAGUACAUUCUAUCCAACAACAGCUCGUAUUUGGAAAAACUGAUGGAUGAAAACAAUAAAACCAUAGUUUUGAACGACGUGAACCCCGACGUGUUCGAGCAGUUCCUCCUUUAUGUCUAUAAGGGCGAGUGUGAGCUCACUAAGUGCGGUGAGCUCAAGAAUGAGCGCCUGCGACGUUUGUGUCCGGUGAAAGAAGAGAAGCCGGACGAAGUGUCGGAAAUAGAGAAUGUACCUGCAAAUAUUUCGGCCUACGAGUAUUACAACAAGAAGAAAACGGAUGACAAAGGAACGAAACUGAAGAAUAAAAGCUCGAGGAAUCCGGUACGUUUACUGCACGAGCUUGCUAAGAGAUUCGAAUGCUUAGUCCUACAGAAAACUCUCGCCAGGCUGGACAUGGACAAAUACUUGAUUAGAUUGAAGCAAGAUGGUUGCGCGGUUCGAGAAAACUUUCCGACGUUCAAUAGGUUGAAUUUUCCUAAUUUGUAUGACGUUUUGGUGAAAUGCAGGGACAACAAAGAGAUCAAGGCUCACAAGUGCAUCUUAUCUGCGAGGAUGGAGUAUUUCGCCAAUAUGUUCUCCUUGCGGUGGGGAGGGGAGCAGACCACUGAAGUGUCGCUACCGUUCCCAAAAAGCACCGUUGAAGCCCUGCUGGAGUUCCUCUACACAGACUCCUUGUCUACUCUGAGUUCCAUCGAAACCGAUCAUCUUUUCAAGAUCCUGGUCCUGGCCGACCAGCUCUUCGUGACGAGGCUCAAAGAUCAAUGUGAACGUCUCCUUUCGGACAACCUCACUCUAAGGAACGUAAUUCAGAUCCUCGCUUUCGCUCACGUUUACAACGCAGAAAAGCUCAAAGUCUGCUGCAUGAAGUUCAUGGUGCUGAACAUGACGCCUUUGCUCGAAUCCAGAGCGUUGGAUGAGUUGGAGGAGGAACUUUUGAAGGAGUUGUCAGAGUUUUACUUCCAAGAGAAACGCGAAGUUUGGUGCAGGGUGAUCACGCCCUAUUCGACAGCGGUACUAGACGAGGUGGUUUUAACUGUGGGAGUGAACUAUCCGGUGUCGAUGACGGACGAAGUGGAACUAAUAUCUCCUCCAAAGCCUGUCCAGAAGAGAAAACCCCGGUCCCACAAGGUUUCGGAGAAGAACCUUUCUGUCUCCUUCGACAAUGACGUUCCUUUGGACAGUAUUAUUCAAUUUCCUGAUGAGCCAGAGGCGUUACCGAAAAAUAACUCAUUACCUGAUUUACCUAGUCGUUUAAAGUCGAUAAACCAAGCUAGCGAGAUUGUGAAAUCCGAAACCAUUGAAAUUCAGUACACCAAGUUGGGUUCCGACAGGAGUCGUAAUUCCAUGGAGCUUAGUUUUUCAUUCACCGAGUCCUCCAGUUUUCCGGAUUUGAAUAGUCCUCCGCUUCAUUCGAACAGUAGUUUUCAGGCAAAGAGUCCAACGCAAAAGGGUGCAUUUAAGCACAAGAUGGUAAAGAUCUCGCAGAAGGAGAGGAAGAGGUUGUCAUCGGGUAGCAAUAAUGACACUAGUAACGAUAGCGCUUCCAUAACAGUCACCCCUAAGAAUCCCUGGAAAACCAUUCCCGAUGCAUCUAGUCCAGCAACGUCGACAGAAUUGAAACAUAUAGGAGACAUAAUAUCAGAUGAGAAGAAACAAAAGGAGAAUCUGGUCAAGCUCACUACAAAAUCUCUAGUGUGCACUCAGUUGGAGGAUAAGGCGAUAGAUGAUCUGCACAAGUUUUAUAAUACAGAAAACCUUGAAGAUGAAAUAAUUGUCAUUGAACGAGUUAAUAUUGGUGCCAUUGCUAGACCCGUGUGGGUACCAAGAACGAAGUGACUCCGCUUUGUUAUGUGAUAAAAAUUUUAGAUUAUAUAUCGACAUAAAAAUAAGUUUUAUGGCUCUGUUUUUUAUUAAAGUUUUAUUUUGAUUUUA